UGAGCUGGGCUGGGCUGAGCUGACUGAGGGUCAGGGCAAAUGCAGUGGAGAUAUUUGUGUUUAAAACCUUCUUUCUCGGGAAGUGCAGAGCUGUUCCUGCUUGGUGCCACAUACGGUGACGUCGUGGGGUGGGGUAAGAGGAAAGAGGAGGGGUGAUCUCCUAACAAACAGCUGUUGCAGCUGCAGAGAGGAAAAAGGAGAAAGCUCAGGAGCAGCAGCAGCAAUCCGACCCCUGCAACAGAUUUACCAUGAACACGUACCUGUUUGUGUAUGACUUAAUGCAAUUCUGUGGACAUUCUUGGAUAUUUACAAAUAUGAUCAUCAGGUUCAUGACGUUUGGAAGAGAUUCACUGGCUGACACGUUUCACUCUAUAGGACUUGUAAUGCGCCUUUGCCAGUUGUUAUCUGUCUUGGAGAUUCUACACAUCCUCAUUGGCAUUGACAAAAGCCGUCUCCUCCCCAGGUUUUUGCAGAUCACUGAGAGAAUAAUUGUUUUAUUUGUCGUGAUCAACAGUCAGGAAGAAGUUCAAGGGAAAUACGUCGUGUGUGUUUUAUUUUUCCUUUGGAAUUUAUUAGAUGUGGUCAGGUACACUUAUAACAUGUUGGCAAGGAUGGGCAUAUACUACCUACCACUCACAUGGCUCAACUUCUCACUGUGCAUCCCACUUUAUCCUCUUUCAGUUCUGGCUAAAGGAUUUGCAAUUUGUGUAUCACUGCCUUAUUUUGAAUCCUUUGGCACAUACUCCAUCAAGCUACCAUUUCCAUUCACCUUCUCAAUCUACUUCCCCUAUGUUCUGAAAAUGUACCUGCUAGUGCUCUUUGGAGGUAUGUGCUUUAUUAUCCAGAACCUCUUCUCUGAGAGAAUGGCACAUCUUGGGACAGGCAACAUCAAAAAUAAAAGAAGUUAAGUUGAUAUUUUGUUUGGAAGGACAAAAUAUAUUCCUAGGGGAUUGCUGCACAUCAUAUUUAAAAACAAACUGGACAAAGAUUUCUCUAUGCAAAACUCCUCUUUGCAUGAAUGUUAUCUGGCUGUGUAGAAUUUUCAGAAAAGGUAGAUCUCUUGAGUGCACCUCAAAAAUAGAGCAGCUUUUGAAAAUUUUUGAUGUUUUGGCUUCGAGUGGCCAGUUUUUAAAAGUAAUGUUUUUUUCUAACAUAUGUUAUAGAGUUCUGAAAAAAAUUGAAGAGUGCCGCAACUCACAGCCACAACCUUAUUUCAGUGUUAAUUCUUAUUUCAUUAGCUACAGAUAUUCUGUAAUGACAAUAUAAUUUAAUUUGUAAGACUACUUUAUACUACGCCAACAUGUAUGCACCUCACAUAUAAAUUCUAAAUUGUCUGGAACCAGAAUCUCUAAAGGAGCAGAAGUCAGAACCUUUGCAACCUAACUAACAUGCUAAGAGACUAACAUGCUGAUUAACCAAGGCAUUCACUAAGGAUCCUUCACAUUCUGGCCCCCAUCCUUCAGUUAUCAAAAGAAGCUUCCAGAAAAUGCAGCUAAAUCAGAAAGGCAAGUGUUAAGGUACUCAUCUAGUAUAUAUUCAAGAGGAUGUUUAAGGGUCAGAAAUAAAUGCAAUCAUGUGUUUGGCAUGUCAGUCUCUUCCCCCACAAUGAUUUUCUUCCAUGCUGAACAGCAGACAGAUACGUGCAAAAGGAGUGUGAUGUAGUCAGGUCAAAUAAUAUGUUGUUCCUAAAAGGGAACUGAAUGACUGUCAAAAGUCAUGUGCAAAAUCCUAGGCAUUUUACUCAAUUGUAUUGCCCUCAUACUUCGCUAGGAUAAUCUGUGAGAAUGCAACUAGAACACAGGCUUUUCAAAGGUUGGGAAUGAAGAAUAUACACAGCAACCCAAUGGAUUAUACAGGCAAAAAUAGCCAAAUAAUUCCUUAGAGGCUGGCAGGAGCUUUUCUGAUGUUUCAUCUGUAUUGAUGACCACCUACAUUUCAAUUCAAGCAUGUGGGGGAGAAAAGUGAGGCUUCUUUUUUUUUUUUUUUUUUUUUGUAGCUGACUGAAAACUGUGGGGAGGGAACCUGGAUAAUAGGAAUAGGAGAGAAGGUAAUAGUUAAAGGGAAAUGAAACACUGUUACAAUAUGAGGAGGCUUUUGCCUGUGUGACUUUUCAAACUAUGCAGCCUAAGAGGUUAUUUAAGGAAACAGUGAAGAUAAAUUAAUUUGUUAUGAAAGGUCACCUACUAUAAUUUUUAUUUAUUUAAUACAUGUGGCAGACAAUAUCUGCAGACUAUUUUGAUCACUGACCAUAAGUAACAUGAUCACGCAUAGAAUAGAAUAGUAUAGUGUCAACCCUGGAUUAGUUUUUUUUCAAACCACUGCAAACAGAAAUUUGGAAUUUAGUAGAGAAACAGAAGUGCUUUCACUUUGGGCUUCUGUCUGACCCAAACUGAUUCAAGUGUGAACAGUGUGCAGUGUAAAGAAACAUAUAGAGCAGCUGAAUAAGAAGACAGUUUCGAAGACAGCCAGAAUAACUCCAUAUUAAACCACUAUAUAACUUGCUAAAGUUAAAAAAUGAACAUUUUUUCCUUGGAAAUUCAACAUGCCAGAAACAGCUGGUUCCAGCCAGUUCAAAAAUUGAGCCACUGCAGAACACUGCUGAGCCAAACAGCAAAGACGAUGGCAUGGCAUCUCUCUGAAAACUUAAGAAAAGGUAAGACAUGUUAUGCAGCAGCUGCGAGAAAGAAGAGUAAGAAAAAUGUAAGAGAAACAGCUCUGUAGACACCAAGGUCAAUAGAGAAGGAGAGGAAGAGCUACUCUAGGCACUGUAGCAGAUUCCCCUGCGAGCCAUGAAGAAGACCAUGGUGGACCAGGUUGUCCCUCUGCAACCCAUGGAGAUACACACCAGACAAGAUAUGCACAUGGCAGCCUGUGGAGGACCCCAGGCUGGAGCAGGUGGCUGUGUGCUGAGGGAAGCUGCAGCCCAUGGAGAGCCCACAGAAACAAAGCAGGAACUGUGGCCCAGUAGGGAUCCAAACUGAGGCAGCGUUUUCCCUAAUGGACUGUACCCCAUGGAAAGGACCUAUGUUAGAGCAGUGCUUGAACAACUGCAGCUUGUGAGAAAAAACCAUGAAGGACUGUAUCCCAUGGGAGGGACCCCAUGCUGGAGCAUGGCAACACUGUGAAGACAAACAAGCAGCAGAGAUUAAGGUUUAUUACCUAAGUGCAACCCGCACACCCACCUUGUACUGCUUGGGGAGGGAGGAGGUAGAAAAUGCAGGAAUGAAAGAGUAAAGUGAGCCUAGGAAGAAGGGAGGUGUAGGGGGAAGAUAAUUUUACUUUUGUCUUUUUUCUUUCCAUCCUACUCUAUUUUUAAUUGGCAAUAAACUUUUCUUCCACAAGUUGAAUCU